GUUUGUCGAAUAUGUCGAUCGAGACGCAAUGAACAGCUUCUUUGCGAGCUACGGAGCUACCAUUUUGUUGGUUUUUCUUUGGAAAGUGGAAGUGGAAAUGUGCGUUGGACUCACCCUGACUCAGCUACAAAUUCCACGCCACGUGCUCGUGAAUAGCAAUGUUUCGUUGGAGUGUAACUUUGACAUGGAUGGAGCAGCCCUUUAUGCGGUGAAGUGGUAUAAAGAUGGAAACGAAUUCUAUCGUUUCACUCCAGCGAACCGUCCCCAAACACAGUCGUUCCUGCUUCCCGGAGUAUCCGUUGAUCUACAAAUGUCUGACAAGAAUGUCCUUUUGCUUCAUAAUGUUUCGCUGGACACCUCCGGACUGUAUUGCUGUGAAGUGUCUGCAGAAGCUCCAACAUUCUUGACGGUAUCGGCCACUGAAAACAUGCACGUUAUUGCCCUACCAAAGAGCGAGCCAACAAUCACCGGUGCUAGACCGUGGUAUCAGAUCGGGGACAGAGUAUCGAUCAAUUGUUCCUCUGGUCUUUCCAAACCGGCGACCACGCUCGUCUGGUUUCUCAAUGGCCAGCUGGUAGCUCCGGCAAUGUUGCAAAAAUACGACCCCGUCACCGUGGGACGGCACAGAAUGGAAAGGAGCGUACUGGGGCUUGAGUUCACAGUUCAACCAGGGCAUUUUAGAGGGGGCAGCAUGAAGCUAAAGUGUCUUGCUACUCUUCCACAGUUGUACUAUCAAAGUCAACCCGAUGAGACUCACGAAGAACCGGCAGUAGCACUACAGUCAACCUACAAUCAACGGCCACUGGCCGCAGCGAUCAAUCAAGGACUUGCGAAGGCAGUACCGGCGAUAGCAGUGUUACAUCACGUAAUACUGCUGUUUAUUGUUCUCAUUAUGGUUUAAGUUAAUGCGGUGUAGUAC